AGAUGGAUUUGGGUGGCGGGGCUAGCUCGGGAAGAAGUGUUCUAAUAUUGUCAUUAGUGGUUGGUUGCUUCGCUUUGCUAUGGCCGAGGAUAUUCUACCCGAUGUUGCAAACGUCUUUCGCAUCCGCGCCGGAUAUUGCGACUCAAGAAGGCACAUACCAGCCCAGCAUCCUUCCAUGCUGUCACCCAGUGACAUUCACAAAGGAACUGAAUGCACUCUACUUCACCGAGUUGUGUAACCAGCUGAAGUGGCGGGCUGACCGGCGGCGGGAGGACACAGCGCGCCUCCUGCUCCCACCCGAGCCGCGUCACGACAUUUGGACACCGGGCCUGGCCGGCUGGUGUCGGGACGAGCUUGCGCGCGCCUGCGGCACUCUGCUGGACGAGCCGGCGCUCGAGCGGUACCGGCGCGCCAUGCACCGCCGCGACGACGGCGACGCGGCCACAGCCAACCUGACGCGCUGCCUGGAGACGACGUACGGCGUGCGGCGGGAGGAAGUCCGGCCGCCGCGGGCGCUGCUGCAGCCAGCCGCAGGUCAGGCACACCACGAGCGGCGCGCCGCCCUGCACCCGAGCAUGCGGGACGUGCCGCACGCGUCGCACGGUCCAGCACACGCCAUGGGUCGACAGCCCAAGCGCGUGCUGGACCGCAUGGCUAGGCCGGGACCGCAACCGGGCAGCCGGCCGACGCCCGGCGGCUACGGCGCUGUGCCUCAGUCGACCAAGGCCACCGGCGCCAUGGGUAUUAUCAUGCCCAUCUACACCAUUGGCAUCGUCCUCUUCUUCGUGUACACCAUCAUGAAGGUGAUGUUUAAAAACCCGGAGGACGGCGAGCCGACGAAGGAUCCGGUCAUCAAGGACUUCCACCUGACGACCGAGUACCGGCCGUACACUCCGCAGCGCGCGGCGGCCAACGGGGCGGCGCCGCGACACCGGCCGGUGGUGGUGCGGCGGCCGGCCGAGACGGCGCCCCGCCCGGCGCCGGCCCCGACCCCGGCCUCGAGCGCCGCCGCAGAGCUGGAGACCGUCGCCGAACAGACGUCCGAUGAAAAGGAUGCCGAGAUUGACCAGCUGCGCCGCCGCCUGGAGGAGACGGAGAGGGCUAUGGAGCGCAUCAUGAAGCAGAUGAGCACUGUGUCGGAGAAGCUGAACGUCGCCAAGAUCAGCUCCAAUAUCAAGGCGCUGAAGCAGGACGCGGUCCAGGAGGAUCAGUUUGGUGGGGAUUCGCCGCCGUCUGACCUGGAGGUCGAGCAGCCGGACCCAGAGGAUCUGUGGGGCUCGAUGGACUCGGUGGCCUCGGACAGCAUGGCCUCCGAGCGCUCCCUCUCCAUGGAGUCGCUCGCUCAGACGGAGGCUUCGCUGGCUUCACUGGAGGAUGAUGUGGACAGAGCAGCCCAGGCGGCAAAAAAGAAGACAGGGAAGAACCAGAGGGCGGGCACGGCUAAUGGAGAUAAGAAGGUGCCGGUCGGCGGCACCGCGGCCGACCCGGCUGACGGCACCGGCGCACGCGGCGUGCGGGAGUGUGCGUCCGACUCGUGAGCGGCCGGACGGGCGAGACCGCCUCUGGGGACGGCUAGCGGAGCCCGGGCCUCAGCUGUCCGACUGUGCCGCUAACGCCCGCCUCCUGGUCCGGGACCGCCGGUGGACCCCCGCCCGGCCCGCUGACCACGGGCGGACCGCCCUUGGUCCCGGACCACGGGUAGAUCCUGGUCUGGUUAUUGAACGAGCGGCGGAUCGGGCUCUGUUUCGAAUGUUUGGUGCUCAUGGAGGUCGGCCGAGUGCCACACGAACAGCAGGAUUUGUGUGCCCUAGCUGAGUGACGCACGGCAGGUCGGUGGGCAUGAGGGAUGUCCCGUCACUCACACCCGCCGCACCGCGCACCUCUAUGCAUCCCGUCUGCACCAGUUAUAUGACGCACCGUUGGUCUUUCUUCGCCUGCCCACCGAAACCCGUGAGGUUACGCAACGGGAGAGUAGCAAGAAAGGUCGUGGGCGGAUGUAGCGUUUGGUUGUUGCGUGGCCUAGCGGACUCUCCCAUCAGGCGUGACUCAAUCCCUGACGUGCCGGUGACAUCAGGACGCUGCAGAUGUUGCAGAUCUGUGCAGAUGCUGGCCGGUGGUUUGGACCAGCGGGGGCUACAUAGAUAAAACACUAGUAAUAGCCUUAUUCCUCGGAGAAAAGGCACGAGAAUGGAGAUGUAUAUAGGUUGAUAUUUCGGCUAUGUGUCCUUACCGAAACAAUAACAGAAGUGGGUUCCAAAUUAUUUGCCGAUAAUCCUACUCGAUUUUUCAGGUUUUUCUGAAACAGCGAGCCAUGGCUUUUAUAGGACACCAACAUUCAGGGACUAAAUAAGGGGCAAUUGCCAGCCAUUAUACAGCGCAUAUCUAAGAAUAUAAUCAUCAGCCAGAUACAGUGCAUAUCUAAGAAUAAGAUUGCGCGAAAAUACGUGUACAUGCAAACGAAUUCACCUAAGCAGGCAUCACGCAUCACGCUUCAUUCAAACAUGCAAGCGGGUUGAAGUAAACAGGCCUCACACACCAAUUAUACAUGCCCGACGCGUGAUGCGCGAUGCGCGUUCAAUUGAAAUCGCUUGCACGCACAAUUGGUGCGUGAUGUGCGAGGUCUAUUUACUUCAACUCGCUUGCAUGUUUGAAUGAAGCGUGAUGCGUGACGCGUGUUCACUAGAAAUCGUUUGCGUGUACACGUAUGUUCGCGCGUUCUAAUUCCUGGCUGUGCACUGUAUCGUGGUAAUGGCUGGCAGCUGCUGCUCGUUUAAUUCCCCCAAUGUUGGUAUCCCGUAAAAACUGUGCCUCGGUGUUUAAAAAAAAACUGAAAAAUCGAGUAGGAUCAUUGGCAAGCAAUUUUGAAUUCACUUCUGCUCUUGUCUCGGUAAAGGCAUGUCGUCGAAAUGUCAAUCAGCCCAUGCAUAUCUCCAUUCCCGUGAUUUUUCUCCGAUGAAUAAUACUAUUACUACUGUCUUAUCUAUGUGAAUAAUGCUCCUGGCAAACGCAGUUACCAUCUUACAGCUGAAGGUGCGGUCAACUGCUGUAGGAUGUGUCCUGUUUUGUAGCUCGGGGCUGCUCCGAUGGUGCCGAGGCUCCGGAGUGAUUUGUCCAGUUUUGUUAUAUUUUGUCCAUUUCCUACCCAAUUACGCCACCCGUUUUUGCGAGAGACAUUCAUAUUGCUUAAUGUUACUAAUCCCGUUUUCUCAUUGUGCCUAGAUCAAAUAUUUUGUGACCCGUAGAUACCAUGGGUGCUGGCUGUAGAUCUGGCCGUAGCUGUGUCCUCACCUGUAGCAUGGACUGUUUACAGUUGUUGCUGGUGUUUGCCAAAGUGGCCAUCAGCGAGUUUACGUGACGUGCCAUACGCGUAAGGCGCGCUUGAGGAACACAGUAGUGCUACCAGUGUGCAGAUCCUCGUAGAGAAGUAUCGGAUCCAGUCGGUACUUAGUCAUUUUGUUUUGAACCUUUUUGCUCUUGAUGUGUACGAACGCGAUAUGUGGCGUGUUGACUCGUAUACGUGGUCGUCCGAUUAAGGCUGGAUGCAGACAUAUAUGUCGGUUGUACAACACGAAUUUAAAGGAAUCUAGUCGGAUGUGCAAUACAGAUAGCGAACCACGA